CCAAACGUGUGCGUGAGAGGGAUUGCUUUGGCUACCGCCGGGUCAGGGGUUUGAUGCAACCUGCCUGAUGCCACACAAUUCGGUGAUUCCGCCUUAGUGUCGUACCAUAACUCGUGACAUUGAAAACUAUCGUGCUAUUCGGAGUUAUCAACAAUGGGUGAGUUUACAAUUCAGAUUAGCGAUGACCUUGUUAAUCAGCUUGUUGAUGAUGCGGUACCAAAAAAAAAAUCUAGAAGGAUUAGACGUAAGGCGGCAAGAGAGACUGAAAAGCCCCAAUCUAAUGUAACUGACAAGCCAGAGAGUGCAGCUACUCCAGGGUGGCCAGUGCAGCCCCCUUUAUUUCUACCAGGAACGUUGCCUGUACAACCUACCCAUUCAGAGUUAGAAGGCAUUCGGUCUAUGCUGCAGGAAAGCGAGAAGGUUUUGGAAAGAUUGCAGAAGCAAGAGGAGAACAUGUUGCAGGAAGUAACCCAAAAGGCAAAGGAUCUCCACGAUAAAGAGUAUAAGCUUCCAAACCCGAAGCCUGAACCUUGCAUGGGUGAGAGGCUUGCUACCUUAGCGUGUUACAAGGAACAUAUCAAGGACCCUUUGAAGUGUGCUAGUCUUGUUACCAGUUUUGCUGAUUGCUUGCGUAGGUUUGGCCGUUUAGGUGACAAGUAAGUUAUACGGAGAAAUGCAAAUAAACUAAUGAACUACAUACUGACAAAUACUUAUUGUGUUACUGCCAAUUUUGUUCAAUCUUUUGUUCCCAACUUUAAACUAUGUUUUUAAGCUCAGAAUAAGUGGCAUAUUAUUCGUUUGGAAUUUGAACAUUUUCAGUUAUGUAUGUGCCCUACAUACUAUCAAGGGUAGUAUUUAUAAGUUAGUCAGUUGAGUAUACUUCUGGUUCUAAAAAAUAGAUAUUACAAGUUAUAUUAAAUUUGGAUAUUUUUAUGUUGGGACAGCUUUAAUGUCCCAAAAUACUCUAUCAAUAGAACGAGUGCAGUAUAGUCAGUCAUUCAUGCAAAGGAAAGGUAUGAACAAGAAUCACAACUAAAUAAGAAGACCUAAGCCAUCGACAGAAGUUGGUUGUCCAGAAACGUGCUUCCAAACGACAGACAAAGCAAGCAUUACGCACGUGUUAUAGAGAAGAACAGAUUAUUAAUCACACAAGAUUGCUGGCCACAACGUGAUUGGCUUUAAUGGCAAAAUGCCCAAUGUGAAGGCUAAGUUUUAGGUCAAUUGCAUGAAGAGAGACCCCAAAGCUCAGCACAUAUAUCUCAGGUGAAGGUAGGGAUGACAAUGGGUAGAGUAUGAGUAGAGUACUAUAGUACUUAUUCCUAUACUUGCAUUUUAAAAAAAUACCCGUAUCCGGUCCUAUACUCGCGUGGGUAUGAAUAUUAAUCUCCUUAUUU